AUGAAGAAUAACAACAAUUCUUCGUCUUUUUCUCAUCCUCAUGAUCAAUGCCAGAAACACAAAGCUUUCAAGUGUGAGUUUUGUGACCAACAUUUCACCUCAGGCCAAGCACUUGGUGGCCACAAAACAUGCCAUCGCUCCAACAACAAGAUACGUGACGAUCAUCAUCGCCACAAAACAGUCAAGAUCACUUUCUUUUUAACUGAUAAAACCAUAAAGAAAAGAUAUUCUUGGACUAGGGUUUUGAAGCCUACGGUUCAUCAUCCACCUACUGCAUUGGGACCUUGUCAGCAAGAAGAGUUUCCAGCUGUUGACUUGUUAAGUUUGCUGCCACCAAGAUCGUACAAUACCAAGAAAAGGAGCCGGAGAUAUCUUAUUCAUCAUGGAGUUUCUAAUAAUACUCCUUCAAUACCGCCGUUAGAUAUCUCCCGAGAAUCGGUUGCGAAUCUUGAUGCAAAUCAUCGUGAGUGUAAAAGAAUGAAACUUUCAAGCAAUGUGAAUGAUACUGAGAUCAUGCAGAAACCCUUUGUGCCGCUGACAAGUGACGGUUUUGAUGAAACAGUAGUGAAGGAGGAGAAGAACCUGAACGGAGGUGAAACAACAGUGUCAAGAGUUGUUCGUGAGUUUGAUUUGAACGACCUCCCGGCUAAUGAUGUUGAAACAGUGGUGUCAAGAGUUGUUCGAAACAUCGAUUUGAACAAGCUCCCAACUAAUGGUGUUGAAACAGAAUGA